AGCUCAUAUUCUACAAGGGAACACUGUCCUCACUUAAAUCCUCAACUCUUGACACCAUGAGCUACUACUACGGCAACUACUAUGGAGGUCUGGGCUACGGCCUUGGUGGCCUGGGCUGUGGCUAUGGCUGCUUCCGAGGUCUGGGCUGUGGCUAUGGUGCUGGCUACAGUGGCUAUGGAUACGGCUGCUACCGCCCAUGUUACUAUGGAAGAUACUGGUCCUCUGGCUUCUACUGAGAAACCUGCAUGCAACCUUGCACACAACUGAAGACUUUCAGCUAAGUUUCUUCCUGUUGGUUCCACCUUCUCCAUGCUUCGUUCCAUCAGUACCUCUCCCAGAUUAAAUAAUGAUGAGCCAAUCAUGGUUACUGUGAUAGAGACCUUCAGAUUUCAACCCACUAGGACUGGCUUGAUAAAAAUCAUCUGAACUUGCAAUUCUAAUUUUUGGGUUGGGGGAAAUUUACUGUUUGGGUAACAAUUCUCCUUUUGGAUUCAUGUUUUGGCAGAAUUCUUAUUCUAAAUUGUUCAUGUGAGAUACGGGAAAAUUCACUUUACAUUAAACUUACUUUGGCAUUUUAA